CCGGCCCAGCGCCCGGGACAGGGACCGGGCGGAGCGGAGCCGCUACGCCAGCGCUGCGCCGCCAGUCGGUGCGCCUAGCGGAUCGGUGCUGUGCGCGGAACUGUCCUGCCCCGCCCCGCUCCACCCGCCUGGCUGUCCCCAUCAAGUCUGGGACAUGUGGACUGGCUUUGCUGGAGGUGACAAGCUUGGCGGUGUCUGUGUGCAGGAUUUGCAAGGUUGCUGAGCAGAGCCCGAAGAGCUUUCCCGCAGAGCUACGUGCUAGGAUGGAGGGAGCUGGCCAGAGCAGAGAGGAGGUUUCUGUUCAGACUCCUGCCAGGUGGCCCGAGGCAGCCGGGAUGACAGUUCUCCCCAGGAACCUUGCUACCUGCUGAGAAACAUGAUCAGCAAGUCCCCUCCUCUAUGCAUGUGCCCUGCAGGCUGGAAGCUCCUGGCCAUGCUGGCUCUGGUCCUGGUGGUCAUGGUGUGGUAUUCCAUCUCCCGAGAAGACAGAUACAUAGAGCUUUUUUAUUUUCCCAUCCCAGAGAAGAAGGAGCCAUGCUUCCAGGGUGAGGCAGAAAGGAAGGCCUCUAAGAUCUUUGGCAACCACUCCCGAGAGCAGCCCAUCUUCCUGCAGCUGAAGGAUUAUUUCUGGGUCAAGACACCGUCUGCCUAUGAGUUGCCCUAUGGGACCAAAGGAAGUGAAGACCUGCUCCUGCGGGUGCUAGCCAUCACCAGCUACUCCAUACCCGAGAGCAUCCAGAGUCUCAAGUGCCGCCGCUGUGUCGUGGUGGGCAAUGGGCAUCGACUACGGAACAGUUCCCUGGGAGAUGCCAUCAACAAGUAUGAUGUGGUCAUCAGAUUGAACAAUGCCCCUGUGGCUGGCUAUGAGGGAGACGUGGGCUCCAAGACCACCAUGCGGCUCUUCUACCCUGAAUCUGCCCACUUUGACCCCAAAGUGGAGAACAACCCAGACACACUCCUGGUUCUAGUAGCUUUCAAGGCGAUGGAUUUCCACUGGAUUGAGACCAUCCUAAGUGAUAAGAAGCGGGUGCGAAAAGGUUUCUGGAAACAGCCCCCCCUUAUCUGGGACGUCAACCCCAAACAGAUUCGGAUUCUCAACCCCUUCUUCAUGGAGAUUGCAGCCGACAAACUGCUGAGCCUGCCAAUGCAACAGCCACGCAAGAUUAAACAGAAACCAACCACAGGCCUGUUGGCCAUCACCCUGGCCCUUCACCUCUGCGACUUAGUGCACAUUGCAGGCUUUGGCUACCCAGAUGCCUACAAUAAGAAGCAGACCAUUCACUACUAUGAGCAGAUCACACUCAAGUCCAUGGCGGGGUCAGGUCACAACGUGUCCCAAGAGGCCCUGGCCAUCAAGCGGAUGCUGGAAAUUGGAGCUGUGAAGAACCUCACGUACUUCUGACUUAGGCGAGAGCUCUAACCCUUGAGGGUUGACUACUCUACUGCCUGAGUGACCCCUGUCCGUGGUUUGGGGGUGCCUGGUGCCAGCACAACCCACUUGGACUCAUUCUUUCCUGUUUGGGGAGGGGGUCCUGGAACUGGCCCAAUCUGAGAUAAGGCCAUGCCCCUGGCUGCUCUGAGGGGCGCCAGAUCCAGUCACAGUGGAGGCAUUGGGACUGCAGGGACCCGGCCAAGCCAGGGUGCUUGUUGCCAAGUACCCCCUCUCUGCCAGCACCAAGAGAUUAUUUAAUGGGCUAUUUAAUUAAGGGGUAGGAAAAUGCUGUGGGCUGGUUCCAUGGCAUCCAGAAAAGGGGCACAGUACAGUGUUCUGCCCACUUUUUAUAAAAACUUCCUUGUGGAUGGGCCCACCAAAGCCUAGACCCAGAGCUGGCCUCCCAGGAGGGCAGGUCACCAGGAGUGGGUGGGUGUCCUCCAGAGAAGGGCUGCUACUUCCCAGCAGGCCUGGGAAGAGCAUGGGUGAAGGGGUUCUACCAAGAAGGGAACCUCAGAAAGAGAGGUUUCAAACCUUCCAAUAAAAUAUUUUUCCUAAAAUGGA